UCUAGUCUGACAUUCCCGUUCUUGUGCUAUAAUAUUCAGUGGUGUACGUCGUACUUUGAUCGUCAACAAAAUAAAUACGGUAAAAAGUAUAGGGGUAGAACUAUAAAAUUCUAACUAAAUCUGUUAAUCACAAGUCAGAUUCAAUGUUAAAUAAUAUUAUACUUUCACAACAUUUUCUCGUCUUCUUUAUUAUCACCUGUUUUGUAAGAAGUGAAAAGGGUACGUUGCACCAUCUAUGUCAAACUUCCAAAGCUAUUAGUACAGACCAAAGACUCAAGAUAUGUACAGACGUUGCAGCUUAUGAGAUUUUCUGCCUACGGCUACGGGGAUCAUGAGAUCGCGGUACCAUUUUGGUGUCGAUCUCGAUAUUGCCGACAAUAAGGAUUUCAGGGUUGUUAGUAGAAAUCGGAUUAACUAUGCACUGCACAUCUGCCGUCGUUGGUUAGGCGGAGUGUAAUAUUGAAAUAACAAGAUCAAGGAAACAUCGAAAUCAUUAGUGGGAAAGAGCAAUGCGUAAACUUUGAAUCUAAUUAAAUCCGUGCAAAUGCGUUUUGAAAUGCUUAUCAUUAGUUGAUAAGAUAUCGGAAGUGUUCGAUUUGAAAGUCGACUAACAACUAACUUCUCUUCAGUGAGAUGCCUUCACAAUUGAAGAUCAGUUAGCACUGAAUAUAUGUAUAUAAAAUUUUCCGUAAAGGUAUGUCAUAUUGUGGGCGUUUUGUUGAUAUAUGUUGUUCGUUUGCAAAACUUUAGAAGGAAUUUAGUGUAUGCACAAUACAUAUGGCUUCUCCUUCUACGAACGGUAUUCCCUACUUGUUUUCAACCGUGUCUCGUUGACAUUUGACGUUUACAAUCACGACAGUGUACAGUACCAUGUUGGAAUAACAUAUUUAGUAGAAGGUAGUGGAGAAAGUAAUGGAGGGUGUCAAUGGGCAACUGCAGACCAAAUAUCAAAAAAUUGCUACAGAAUACUCAAAAAUUCGUGCUCAUGCAAGUGUUCUAAAAAAGGCUGUGAUCGAAGAACAAACACGUAAUGCGGAUAUACGUGAACAAUUAAAAGAAAAAGAAGUUGAACUUCGAAGAGCGGAUCAGGAAUUAGAUAGCUUAUCUUUUCGAAAUCAACAAUUAACCAAACGUAUAACUGUAUUACAGGAGGAACUUGAGAAAGCGCAAAAUAAAUCCAAGAAAGGGAAAAAUAAAUUACCAGACAGUAAGAGCCAAAUACCCACACCGCCAAAUCAUAUUUUAGAUGAAGAAUUUCAGAAGAAAAUAGUUGAGAAUGCUCAAUUAUUAUCCCAAAUCAGUGAUAAAGACAGUGAAAUUGAAAGUUUAAAUGAAAGAAUCCAGCAGUUAGAAUAUAAAUUAGAUCACUGUGAGAAAUCUAAAGUUGAAUUAGAAUGUCAGUAUCAGAGUACAAUAGUCAAAUUAGAAAUAGAAAGAAAUGACUUACAAAGGAAGUUAACUGAAAGACAAAAACAAGAAGAAACCGUAUCGUGGUCUAGUAAUGAAGGUAAACGAGAUGGAUAUGAGUUGGAUACUAGAAUAGGACUUUCUAAUCAUCGUCAAAUAGAACAAUCUCCAGUUUCAUCGCCAUUGGCUUCACGUAGAUCAUCAAAAUCAAUUGGUGAAGGCAGGUCUUCUAAGGCACAAGAAGAUAACAAUGAUUUUGAUUUAUCUAAAUCAUGUGACUUGGAAAAAGAAAUGAAUUACUGGAAAGCACAGUACCAUAUACUCAAAGUAAAAUAUGAGGAAAUAGAACAAAAAGAACGUUUAAGUGAUGAGCCAGUAGAGUGUGAACCUUUGCAACCAACAAAAAUAAAUAAUAUGAUUGGAAGAUUAACAGUACCUUUUCCUAUACCAGAAGAAAUUGAAGCUCGAGAAGCUAAAAUCAGAGAUUAUUUUCUACAAGAGAUUGAUAAGUUAAUAACAGAGAAAAAUAUUUAUCAUGUUAAAAAUUUAGCUAUGGCUGCUAAUAGUGAAGUUAUGCAGGUUCAUUUAGAUACAAGUGAAUCAAAGAGAAAAAAAUGUGAGUCUGCACUUUCAGAAGCAUUUUCAAACUGUAAUAUUUUACAGAAAGAUAAAGAAAUACAAGAAGGAAAUUACAAAGCUCAACUUAGUACUAUGAGUGAGCAUUUAGCAAACAUGAAUGAGAAACUUAUUUCUCAAACAGAAGAAAUACAACAAUUGAAGUUUGAACUUGCAAAUAAGAACAAUAAAAAGGGGAAACAGAAGUGAUAUAGGUUAGAUUGCAAAUUAUUAUUAACAUUCCAUCAGCAACUCAAAGUAAUCAGAAUUGUUGGUAAUUUUAAUUUCCUCUAAACACAAUAUACCUGUAAAACAAUAAUUAUAAGUUUUGAUCAUAUCCUCAUUAAUAUAUAAAAUCAGUGUUAUAUCAUUUAUGAAUUUAAAAUAAAAAUUAUUAUUAAUGUUCAUUUUUUGAGCAUUUGUAAUGGAACAACCCACAUUUUACAUGAAAUCAUAAAGUAUAUGAUAUCAACAUUUACAUAUAUUUACAGUCAAUUUAUUACAAUUUCAACUGAACAAUUUGUUUGUCUAUAUUCUAAAUUAAAGCUUCUGUUUGUAUUUUACAUUAUUAUAAAAUAAACAUACAUAAGCAUACACAUAACAAUAUCUUUAAAUAUACAAUAUGUAACAAUUGUGAUCAAAGU